AAAAUUGAUAACCCAGAACGGUAAAAUAAUUGAGAUGAUUUGAUUAAAUUUUUAUGUAAAGCUUCAACUUCGCUGCACGCAAGUUAUCGAAAAUUAGUUAGAACGAGAAGUUCCCCUUCGUCCUCCCCAACCCCCAUCCCGACAGUAACAAACUAUACAAGAUUCCUUUCGACUUUCACUCAGCUCUCUCGUUUCUAUCUUCUCAGAACUCUGAACUUUGACCAACGCAACCAAAUGGCCUUCCUGCUUAACAAGACCACCAUUGCUUCCCAUUUCCGAUCUCACUCCCAGAAGGGGGAAGAUCUGCUUUCACUCUCGCGCCGUCAAUACCAUAUCGAACCUGGGCCUCGUGAAAAAGCGCUCUUGGCUGAAGAUGCAGCUUUGAAGCCAUUUAAGUCAUAUAAACAGAGUGUGAAGAAGCUCAAAAAGAUUGGCGAUAUUCUAACAAUUGUUGUCGUUGCAGGAUGCUGCUAUGAAAUAUAUGUCAAGGCAGCUAUGAGAGAAGCAGCUCGGAAACAGUAACAUUCCAGAAUUGCAGAAUGAAGUGAAUAUUGUUGGACGCUAGCUUCUGUUCCAUUUUAAUGUUUUAUUUUCAAUGGUAAUAACAAUUUGGGUCGUAUGCUUUGCCGUGUUGGAAUAACCGAAUAAGCAGAAAUGUAUUUCAACCCAAAAUGAUUAUGCAUCAAUAGUAGUUACUUCAUCGUUCAAGAUUUAAAACUUUCUGAUGAACUUGAAUUUGAUGAUGUAUCUAGACACA